AUUGACUGGUGCAUAAAAAUCAGUUUUCAGCGGUUAUGCCAGAAAUUAUUAGCAUAAUCGACUCGUCCGCCCCCUACCUGCGGCCUCGCUGGCACCGCUAAAAACUUGAAAUGAAUUAUUAAGAGGUAGUUGUGCCCUACGUCUUGAUUAUAUUAUUCUCCUGUAAUCAUGAUAGAGAAACUGGAAGCAACAUUCAUAUGAUUUCUGGUAAAGCACAAUGGUUUCUCCAGCGAUAAUGCUGCUAAUCACCCUGUUGCUACGGAGACACGUCAAUGCAAAGGACUGCAACGGCUUCUUCGAUAUGCAAAACACCUUGCUACAGGGCCACGUGAUCGAGACAAAGAUUACAACCAAGGAAGAAUGUCGACAGAGAUGUACACGUAACAGAGGCUGUUACUCCAUCAACUACAAGUAUAAAAAAUCCCAGUGUGAACUGAACGGAGCAUCACACCUUUCACAUCCGGAAAACUUCACACCAGAGCCUGGGGCAUACUACGCUGUUGUUAAACCGCUGACCAGCUGUAGCAACGCCUUCUGUCCUGGUGACUCCAGAUGCCUUAUGAGGAAUGAUGGGAAGACUUACAAAUGCGCCACUGAAAUACGCGUCAAAGCAUCUGAAGUUUACGGUGAAGUUUUAAUCAACGACUUCAAGCACACAUUCUCCAAAUCUCUACAAGAUGACUCGCCGCCACAAGGUCAUCACCGGGGCCAUAACUUCAUCGCCAUCUCCUGCAUCAACAAUGAGCUUAUCGCUAAGGCCACCAUCGAUACUUAUGGUGAUAGUGGUGCGGGGGCGAAGAUCGUGAGCUUCAUCAACGGUCUGCCGAAUGGUGUAAUCGUUGCACUUUCAGUCAUUGAUGACGGAAGUGCAAAGCUCACAGCAGCGGCCAGGGAUUCGAUCUCAUCGCUGGGCGCCCUGAACCCUGCGCUGGCAUUUGGCCAAACAUACGCUUUCGUGGGAUACAAGGGUAGCCCGAUACCGGCGUGGGUAAAGGAAGAUAAGAACAGUCGUUACGGAAACGCUUCCGAAGUGGCCGUGAGAGUGUGUAACUGUGAGGUGUGCUAGGGUGAGCAGGCCAUAGCUAGGGCAAAAGGCAAAGGGCGCGCCCACCCUCUUUACUGUGUCUUCUUAUCAUAGUUUUUCUUAUCUACCUGCAAGGCUUCUCCUCGGAAAAUCUUUACAACGCGCCUAACGAGAAAAGAAAAAAAAAAGAAAUCUGGAAGCCCUUUUUUCAGCUAGGGCGGGGGCGGGGCCCAAAAGGCGCACUACCCUCUUUGACCUGCAAAAUACGGUCUUUGACCUCUAAAAUACGUUCUCUUCUUAUUAUAUAGUUUUUUUCUAAUUUCCCUGCACGGCUCUACUCGGAAAAUCUAUACGACGCGCCUCAUAAAAAAAGAAAAAAGAGAAUUCUAGAAUCGCUCUGUUUCAUAAACGAAAAAUGCAAUCUAUAAUUUUGGGGCUGCCCCCCCCCCCCCCCCCCCCCUUUCAAACAAAUUUGGAUUGUUCCUACGCCCGAUAUAUACCAUAAUGGGCUACAUGAAUUUAUCAGGACCAUGGGUCCGACUAUAGUCAACCUCAGAAACCCAGGGUUGUUUUCUUGUCUUACCGUUUCACUGUCACGAAAAACCCUUUUAUUCAGUAAAAAUUGUGUGCAACCAA